AUGUCCGCAUCAAUGUUUAGACUCUCUUCACGUACUACUGUGCUCCUUCAUCUCCUCACACUUCUCAACCUCGCCGCCGCAAUAACCACAACUCACAUGCCAUUAAUCGCCCUCACUUUCCCACAAAACAUCACGUCGACGCUGCGAAACUUCACCGCCUCUCUGACAUACGCUCCAUUAACUCCUUCAAACAUCACCUCGACAACACUGGAUAAUACGUCCAUCUCUAUCGCGACAAACACUAGUUUCCUCUCCCAGAGCGCUGCUCUGCCAAUUCAAUACACAUCUUCUCCGCUACAGGCUACUACGACGCCAGCAAUGCUUCCGAACUCCAGCCUCUCGACGUCGCCAAGCCCUGCCCUACAGACAGCAACAUCAGCUGUUCCUCCACCGCCUCCGCCAACAUCAAUAAAAUUAUGCAAAGACGCAUGUCCAGGAACAGGCAAAGUCUGCGGUUCCCGUAUGAAAGGAGAUUGUAAAGCAGAUACAUUGUACUCGUGCUACAAUAACUGGGAUCCGCCGUUGGAGGGGGAGGAUAAGGAUUGCAGUAUCGUGGAUGGGAAGAAGGGUAUUUGGAGAGGUGGCAGUUGGGAUUGA